AUGAAAUUUGUUUUUUAUUUAAUUUCUGAAUGGCCAUCAACAACUACUCCAAAAUGUAAAAAUUCAAGUGAUGACAUUUUUAAUAUUGAUGCUGAGGAGGAGAUGACAGAAAGACUAUUUGAUGAAAGAAGUGAAGAGGACUUACUAAAAUUAAUUGAUGAAAAUAGCAUAUGCGAGUCCUCUUCACUUCUUUCAUCAAAUAGUCUUUCUGUCAUCUCCUCCUCAGCAUCAAUAUUAAAAAUGUCAUCACUUGAAUUUUUACAUUUUGGAGUAGUUGUUGAUGGCCAUUCAGAAAUUAAAUAA